AAUAGUCUAUAAUAUUUCUCACCACAUCAGUUUUCCUUUGGGGUUUCAAAAAUUGGAGCUCAGUCACAGACUCACGAUCUCGGCCCUCUGGGCAUAGUCGAAAUCGCCCGAAACGUCCGAAAUUUCCCGGCAUAGAGCGGUAUUUGAACCGGUACAUGGAACAUAGGGUUCCUCUGUACCGGUAAUUUCAAAAUAUGGAGGAACCUCCGAUUUCCGAGCUUUUGAGCGCGAAGCGCGGGAAGAAGAAGAAGACGACGACAACAACCGAAGGAACUGCGAAGAAGAAGAAGAAGAAGGAUGCUCCAGUUCCUUCAGCGAACGCUGAGAAUCCAUCGGGAUUUGCAGAGAAUUGCAAUGGCGAAAAGGUUACGGUCUUGGCUUUCGACGAAUCGGUGGAGAAUCACUUCAAAGCCAUAGACGCAAUCUCUAAGCUUUGCGGAGAGGCAGAGGAAGACGAUGCUCCUAUUGAAGAAAGCGAAAUUAAGCGAUUAUCUUCCUCAAUCACUUUCAUAAGUGAAUGGAAGUAUUUUAAUUAUGAACCAAGAACUGUUAGCUUUGCCUGUGAAGUGGGAAGCCCUGAAGGGAAAGAUGUUGUUAGUGGAAUACACUUACCUCAAUUUUCUUCUUCAACUGUUCCUAAGAAGGAGGGAUCAUCUGGGGAUGCUGAAUGUGUGGAAUCCAGAUCUUGCUGCAGCAAAGACUUUGUUAUCUAUGUUGGAGGGCAUGUUUGGGCUUUGGAUUGGUGUCCUAGAAUUCGUGAAACGCCAGACUAUCAUAAUAAAUGUGAGUUUAUCGCUGUUGCUGCUCAUCCUCCGGGAACUUCAUAUCACAUGAUGGGUGCCCCACUUACUGGUAGAGGUGUCAUUCAAAUAUGGUGUCUUAUGAAUGUCGGCGUGAAUGAGGAAGAGGUGCCACCUUCAUUAGCAAAGCCAAAACAGGGAACCAAAAAUAAUGGGGCCGUGACAGAUGAUUCAACUUUAUCAAAGAGGCCUAGAGGAAGACCUAGAAAGAAGCCAGUAGAAGACACAACUCAAUCAAAGAGGCCUAGAGGAAGACCUAGAAAGAAUUUGAUCGAACAAUCUCUUGAUAAUUUGGCUGUUCAAGCUCUGGCUGUUAAACACGCAGAAGAUUCAUUGGAAUCACAUGCUGUGGAUGAGGUUCCUGGGAAUGCCAAAGAAGGUUCUGUACAAGAAGACACUGGCAAAAAACAAAAACGACAGAAGCGAGCCGUAUCUGCAUGUAAACUAGCACUUGAAACUCCUAUGCAGAGUAGAAGAUUGAAACAUAAGAAGCGGGCAGUGAGCCACAGUGAUAAUACAAGUCCACUGUUAUUAACACAAAAUGAAGACAUGGGAUCUUCUGUUACAAAUAAUCAAAUACAACAUUACUCUGGACAGGAACUUGCUGCAAGUGAUAAUGUGUCUGACAAAGGUUCCUUAGGAACUAGCUCAGCUAGUUCCUUGAUUUCAAAGGAUGUUGCUUUGCCAAGAGUUGUAUUAUGCCUAGCUCAUAAUGGGAAGGUUGCAUGGGAUGUUAAGUGGCGACCUUCUAAUGCAUGUCAAUCCAAAUGUAAGCAUCGGAUGGGCUAUCUUGCUGUCUUGCUGGGGAACGGAUCUCUGGAAGUUUGGGAGGUUCCUCUUCCUCGUACAAUGAAAGUUAUCUAUUCCUCUGUGCAUCAGGAGGGUACAGAUCCCCGUUUUGUAAAAUUAGAGCCUGUAUUCAGAGGUUCAUUAUUGAAAUGCGGUGGCAUACAAAGCAUCCCUCUGACAGUGGAGUGGUCAGCUUCACCCCCACAUGAUUACCUACUUGCUGGAUGCCAUGAUGGAACAGUUGCUUUAUGGAAGUUUUCUGCAAGCUGUUCAUCUGAAGAUACUAGGCCGCUGCUUUGCUUCAGUGCAGAUACAGUUCCUAUUAGAGCACUUGCCUGGGCUCCACUUGAAAGUGAUCCAGAGAGUGCAAAUGUUAUAGUUACUGCUGGACAUGGGGGCCUAAAGUUUUGGGACCUACGUGAUCCAUACCGUCCUUUGUGGGACCUCCAUCCUGUGCCAAGGAUCAUAUACAGUCUGGAUUGGCUGUCAAAUCCAAGAUGUGUUAUUCUAUCCUUUGAUGAUGGAACAAUGAGAAUCCUCAGCUUGCUUAAGGCUGCAUAUGAUGUUCCUGUCACUGGAAAACCCUUUGGUGGGACAAAACAACAAGGGUUGCACAGUUAUUACUGUUCAUCAUUUGCUAUCUGGAGUGUUCAAGUGUCACGAAUAACAGGCAUGGCUGCAUAUUGCACUGCAGAUGGGACUGUUCUCCGUUUCCAGCUUACAAGCAAAGCAGUAGACAAAGAUCCCUCACGAAAUCGGACCCCACAUUUUCUUUGUGGGUCACUAACCGAAGAGGAAUCACUUAUCACUAUUAACACUCCGGUACCAAAUACCCCUUUCCCAUUGAAGAAGUCACUGAACAAGAGCGGGGACACCCCUUUAUCCAUGCGGGAGUUUUCAUCUGAGCCACAGCAUGUGAAAAGAGCAAAUGAUAAGAUGGCAAAAGGUCCUAGUACGGAUGCCAAAACUUUAGCCCUUUGUUAUGGCGAUGACCCUGGUACAGAAUCUGGAACUGAGGAAGCAUUGACAUGUCCCAAGAGCAAAAAGAGACCAAAUUCUAGAAGUAGCAAUAAAAAAAAUCCAGAGGAUGACCUAGCCUUGGUAUGCAGAGAUGAAGAGCCACCAAAUACACAGGAAAAAGAAAAUGGAAAAGCUGAAGCUCGAACUAUUGAAGUUUUCCCGCCGAAAAUUGUAGCAAUGCGUAGGGUGAGGUGGAACAUGAACAAGGGUAGUGAAAGAUGGUUGUGCUAUGGUGGAGAGGCCGGAGUUGUACGUUGUCAGGAGAUUGUUUUGUCUGAUGUUGAUAGGAAAUUGGCCUUGAAGAGAUGAGACGAGUCCCUAAUCUGUAUAUAUUUGUUCCUCUUCUUAACCAAUCUAUUUAUUUUUGUUUAAUUUUCUCAACUAGCUAUUUAAUGUAAUUUCCCUAUUCAAUUC